CCGCCCCCUACGUCAAGCCCGAAAGAGUCGCCCGCCAUCUUCUCGGACCAGCCCGCCCGGUCUAGUCCACCAUCGUCGCCAACACCGCGCAGCUCUCCGCCUGUUCAGAGACGACGGCCGGUAUUCUCGAUAUUCAAGAAACAAGCCAAGUCCACAGCGUCCAUAAACGAGCCCCGCGCGGAAAAAAGCCAACAUGCACAUCGCCCGCCCCAGGUGCAACAAAAAAAGAAACCCAUGGUGCAGAUGCAGCUAGACUUGGCUUCGGAGACGCGCAAAACAUGCAAGACGUGCGGAAUGCAGUAUAUACCGUCGAAUCUAGAGGAUGCGGCGCUGCACAAAAAGUUCCAUGCCAUGAACGUGGGAGGCAUGGAUCUCACCAAAGCGCUCGUUCAGCGCUUCAGGAAGAACGAGAUAUGGAGUGGCGGAGAGGGGAGCUUCAUCGCAGUGGUGGGGCGCAAAGAUGCGCCCUUGCUGCGGAGCCGGGCGAGCGAGCUGCUGAAGAUUGUGAAUACAGAGCUUGCGGCUGUGCCUAUAACCGACGAGGAGCUGUGGAGCCAGAAGAAGCAUGCAGUCACUGCCGAUACCAAGGCCGUGCCCGUCGAUCGAUUCAAAGUGUACCUGUACAUCCGGGGCAGCAAAUGCGUGGGGGCUUGUUUGGCCGAGCGGAUACGGGAGGCCUUUCAGUGUCUGGAUGCCGGAAAUACUACAGCUGAAGACGCCCGUAAGCUCCCGGCCGUGCCGCACAGCUCAUCCCUGUCUAUCAGCACCGAGCCAGAGCCGGCGAUGCUAGGCAUAUCGCGUAUAUGGACAUCGAACCAGCACCGGAAACAGGGCAUUGCGACGAGGCUGCUGGACUGUGCGAGGGCAAACUUCCUCUACGGGAUGCGGAUUGAAAAGACAAAGGUCGCCUUCAGCCAGCCGACGGAGAGCGGCGGGCAGCUGGCGCGCAAAUGGUACGGCAGACAGGCGGGAUGGCAUGUAUAUACCGACUAGGCGGGCAAUGCAAGGGCCGGCGAGACAUGCAGUACGUACAUGGCCAGCAAUGGUGAUAGGUAGUGGGGUCGCUUCGCUGUCCCGCCAGAUCGCCUGCGCGUGUGCGUGCAUGUCGGCGCUGAUCGACUGUCGGGCCCGACCAUCAGCAGGGGCGCUUCUUCCACGCCGCAGACGAC